UUUGAUAUCGGAACACAAUCUAAAUCUGACGUUUCAUUUAUAGGUUAUGUUUAUACAAUUGCUUAUUUAAUUUUUUUUUUAAUUUAAUCGGACAUGGAUAUAAAUAAAAAGAUAUCUUUUGGUUUCAACAAGUUAGCGAAAAAAACAGUGAUAGUACGGACACAGCCUAGUGAAGAAAAAAAAGUUGAAUUGAUAGAUUGUUUAGAGGGGCAAUCUAUUAAAAUUAAAGAUGCAGUGGAGGUAAUUAAAGAACCACUUGUUAUACCCAUAAAGGAUAAUAAAAAGAAUUUACUUGAUAGAGUCAAAGAGGCUAAAAUCAAACGGGAAAUAAAAUCAGAAAACGCAGAAGACAAUCGACCUGAUUCGGAGCUGACUCUAGAAGAACAAGCAGCAAGAGCAUUAAUAAACGAUGCCAAAAACCGUCUAGAAAAUAACAGUGUUUCUAAUAGUAAAGUAACUGUGCUUCCUAUAAAAGAAGAUAAAAUUACAAUUGAUGGUGAAGAAGAACCCACAUUAGAAGAUUAUGAAAAUAUCCCUAUUAGUGACUAUGGAAUGGCUAUGUUGAGAGGCAUGGGAUGGAAAGAAGGAACGGGAAUUGGGAAAAAUCCAGCUAAGGCUGCAGAAGCGAGUACUCCUGAAUUACGGCCCAAAGGUUUGGGCCUAGGUGCCACACGGAUAAUUAAGGCUGAGGAACCUGUGCUUGAUAAAGACGGGAAUGCGUUAAUUUUGAAAAAGGGGGUCUUUGCGAAAAUCAUUGCUGGUUCACAUAAGGGUAACUACUGUGAAGUUCAGGGUUUAGAUGAUGAAGCAGGGAGGGUGAUAGUAAAAACAUCACUGAAAGGAGAAAUUUUAACUUUGAAUGAAUUUUUAAUUGUACCUGUUACGCAGUUGGAAUAUUCUCAAGGGGCAAAGGUUUUAAAUAAUGCCAAGUAUGAAGAAUAUAAGGAAAAGUCAGACAAAAAGCUUGAAGCUCAACGAAAGACGAAAAACGAGAGUGUUGAAAAGGAUUCAGAUAAUGAUUCUGAGAAAUAUACCGGGAAUAAAAAAAAUUGUUCAAGCUCUCAGAAAAUGGAACGACCAAGUAAAUCAAGUGACCAUGAGAAUAAUUUAAGUUCAGAGAAUCAAAAUGAAAGAAAACCUAGGCAACGUGGAAAUUAUAAAAACAGAAGUGAAAGUGAUGAAGAAAGAGAAAGGUAUAAAGAUAAACAUGACAGUCGCAGGAAUAAAUAUAGAGACAAACAGACUCUUAGUUCUGACUCUGACAAUAAAUAUAAAAAAUCUAGAGAUCGGUAUAGAGAUAGUUCUGAUUCUGGUGGUGGAAGUAGGAAAAAUAAAAGCAAGGAUAAAAAAAAGAAAAAGGAUCGACACAGAGGCAGAAGUAAGUCUCGAAAAGAAAAACAAAAAAAUAAAAAAUCAGAAAGAAGUAGGGAUAGGUCACCCUCUUAUGAUUAUAAGGGCCAAGAGAGUAGUAAGAAACACAAGUCGAAAUCAAGGCAUAGACGAAGAAGUACUAGUAGCAGUAGUAAGUCCUCAGAUAGAGAUUAUCGAAGCAAUAGGAGAUAAUAUAAAUAAAUAAAUUAUAAUUUA